AUGUCAACGCUCCAGUUCUCGACACGCGCACAGGCAAUGGGCUUCUUGAUCAACCUCCUCCAAAGUUUCCAGCAGGAGCCCUGUGAAUGCGACCUGGUUCAGGGAUGUUUCUGUUCGCCCGAGGGUGUCGAGGAUCAUUCGGGGUUAGCGCCAUGCUAUGUUUGUGGCGAAUGGUACGCCGAGGAAGUAUAUUGCAGUGGCGAUGAAGGAGGUUCAUCUUCGUACAGGAAGGUCGAUGGGCGCAGUUGGCAUGAACGCGGCGGUGCAUCUUUGAGACAUCAGGUUGCAGAGAGGCGCGUUCAGCAAUGGUUGGAUCAGGUCGUUGUUCCUGUCGCGUCUGCUGCCACCUGGCCUUCUUCGCCAUACUACCACCAACAACAGCAACAACAACAGCAACCUCAUCAACCUCAUCAUUACCAGCAGGAACAACAACAGGAUGAGAAGAAGGAACAGCAGACUCAGCAGCAGUCAGCAGUCAUCCGAUCGCGCCCCGGCCGAUCUGCAUCCUGCCCCUCGACGUUUUCGAUCCCCGAGGAAAUCAUGGACCCCACCAUUCGUCGUACCCCCGGAUUCUGCAUCAAACGCAGAGACACCAUUGCCACCGAACGCCCUGCAUCUCUUCCUUUCUCUCCUACAGUCGAGCAAGUCCCUGCUACUUCGUACUCUGCUCCCUCGUCUGCCUCGUCGACUUUGACUAACAGCAAGUCGACCCCCUUCCGAUUCAGUUUCACGUCCGAGAGGUUUAACGCUGCCGUCCAGGAGUCCUUGAGCCGUCGAUCAUCCACUAUUACUACCACUACUUCUACUUCCAGUACUGCCGUCGUCCCGCAACAACAAUUGCCCUCAUCCAACAUCAACACCAACAUCAACAACAGUAACACCAUGGACAAUCAGGCUGAAGCAGUGGCGGAACAACAAACUGAGGCUGAGCUAGGAAUGGAAGCAGAGACAGAGGCGGAGGCAGUGAGAGUGGCAGAGACCGAGACCGCAUCGACUUCAGCCCAGACAACAUCUUCUUCCUUUGUUUCUUCCCCUUCCUUUACUUCUUCCCGACGGUCUCCCCCCUCUUCUUCGACAGCAGCGGGAAAGAUCAACCAUCGUGACCAAUGCGGAGUCGUGAAGGAGCCAUCUACCGCUGCUUCCUCCAUUGUGGCGCAACAACCUUCUUCCACUUUGUCGUCAUCGGCUUCCAUGGCACUCCUCCUCUUCCUCAGGCACAGCAACGGCAAGAAGCAGGAAGAGGCAGAGCGCGAAGAAAAGGGCAUGGUCAUGUUCGACAACUGGCACAGUCGCACAUUCUCGUAA